AUGUAUACAAAGAGAGCAUUGUUUCGCAGAGCAAAUUCUGCUCUGGAAUCUCCUUCUUCCUCUGAAUCGGUCAUAAGGAUCCGUAAAUUUCUGAGCACGGCGGUUGAAAGGUUAGAUUUUGGAGACCCUCAUGGAUAUCGGGUCGAGGACUCAUCAGCUACAAGUGAUUGUGCCAAAGAAUGUGAGGGAAGCCAGGAACGAACUGAGAGCUGUGGACAAGUUACUCAAAGUGUUGUUGAGUUUCAACACUCGAACAACAAGAGUCAGACUUUGGUUUUGAAUCACGACCGGUCAUGGCAGCAGAAUCUUAGUAUGUCUGAUUAUCAAGGAAACCGGCAAAAUCCAAGCUCCGGGGCAAACUCUGGCUCGUCUUGGCAUUCAGGUAAGACUUUUGAUUGCAACAUACAUGACAAGGUUGAGGAAUUUGAUGCAUUUUGCGACCAAGAUAAUCUAAGAAUGGCCCUUAGUUCUAUGAAAAAACUGGAAAUGAUGGGUCAUUAUUUGGAUUUGGCUAGACUUUUAAGGUUAGCACAGCUAUGUGGGGAAGAACAAGUUUUUCAGGAAGCCCAUGAUUUACAAGAAGCCAAGGUGGCUGUUCACAGAAAGAUUAGUGCUUCAAUUUACCAUUUAGAUGAGAACCAUUUAAAGUAUCAUACUGACGUUGUGAUUGAGGAAUUUGAUGCGUUUUGUAAACAAGGUAAGGUGAAAAAGGCCCUCAAUGCUAUAGAUACAUUGGCAAGUAUGAGUCACGUUGUGGGUUUAACUAGACUUGUAAGAUUAGCAAAGCGAUGUGGGGAAGCAGAGGCUGUACAAGAAGCCAAGGCUGUUCAUGGGAGGAUUAGUGUUUCAGUUUGUCAUUUAGAUGUGAGUUCCUAUCAUGUACUGAUAGAAAUGUAUUCCAACUGUGGGUUGGUGGAUGAAGCAUUGAGUGUUUUUGAGAAAAUGCCUGAGAAAAACUUGGAGACUUGGUGCAGUAUCAUAAGAUGUCUUGCAAAUAACGGCGCGGGAGAAGACGCUAUUGAUAUGUUUACUCGCUUUAAAAACGAAGGAAACAAACCUGACGGACAGCUAUUCAGAGGAAUAUUCUAUGCAUGUGGUGUGCUAGGUGAUGUUGAUGAGGGAUUAUUGCAUUUUGAGUCAAUGGUAAAAGACUAUGCUAUCAUUCCCUCCAUGGAACAUUAUGUAAGCAUCGUUGAGAUGUUUGCAUUACCUGGUUUUUUAGAUGAAGCUUUAGAAUUUGCUGAGAAAAUGCCAAUGGAGCCAAAUGCUGAAGUAUGGGAAACAUUGAUGAACCUUUCUCGGGUACAUGGGGAUCUAGAGCUUGGAGAUCGGUGUGCUGAGAUUGUUGAGGAGUUAGACCCUACACGGUUAAAGAAACCGUCAAGGGAGGGUUUUCUACCAGUUAGGGCAUCAGAUGUUGUGAAAGAGACUAUAAAGAAAAGGCCGCAAGUUCAUGGUCUUUACGGAAUCAGUGGGCGGCAUGAAUAUAAAGCGGGGGAUACCAAUCUUCCUGAGAACGAUGAACUUUUCGAGUUAUUAAGGAAUUUAAAGAAGCAUAUGGUAGAGAUGGGCUAUGUCGCUCGUACAAAACUGGCUUUGCAUGAUGUAGACGAAGAGAGUAAAGAGGCUGCACUUCUUAGUCAUAGCGAGAGAAUAGCUUUUGCUCGUGGUGUUCUCAACUCCGCACCCCGUACUUCUUUCAUUGUGAUAAAAAAUCUUCGUGUUUGUGGUGAUUGCCAUAACGCAUUGAAGAUUAUGGCAGAUAUAGUUGGUAGAGAAGUAGUAAUGCGAGAUGUAAAGAGAUUCCACCAUCUUAAAAACGGAGCUUGCAGCUGUAGAGACUAUUGGUGA